AUGUCUCCAAACUUCACGCUGUCCGUCGACCUUCUAGAUCGCGCCGUGCGCCACAUUAGCUACGUCUCUAGACCGAUCCCCGGCGACUGCAGCGACAUCCACGCCCAGCCAAUCGCGGAGCGGUGCGCGUUCGUCCGCCGGACCGAAUCCUGCCGCGAGGAUGUCUACUACUUCGAUUACACCCACUUUCUGUACUGCACGGUUGGUGAGCGGGAUGCGGUGGCGUUCCGGGCGGCACUCGCACUGCUGGUGAUUGGGCUGCUGGCGUGCUUCACCGUGCUCGCGACGACCGCCGAUCAGUUCUUCUGUCCGGUUUUGGCGGUGAUUUCGAAGACGCUGCGGAUCUCCGAGAGCGUUGCCGGCGUAACGAUAUUGGCGUUUGGCAACGGAUCGCCGGAUUUGUUUACGGCCAUUAGCAAUCCCUACCACGACACGGAGUUGAUGUUUGGGGAGUUGUUGGGGGCGGGUAUGUUCGUGGUAGGGGUGGUGGCGGCCAGCGUGCUGAUCAUCCGGCCGUUUCACAUCCAUCCGCCGGGAGUGGUGCGGGACGUGUUGUUCUUUAUAUUUGCCGUGGUUUGGGUUAGCUUUAGUGCGUACGAUCAGCGGUUCAAGCUGUCGGACGCGAUCGUGCUGGUGUCGGUUUACGUGGUUUAUUUGGUGGUCGUACUGAUCGAGUUCUUCCUGCUGAAGCAGAAGUUGCACGAGGUAGAGUCGAGGGUUUCGUUGCAUGGAGACGUCCCGAGCGAGGAUCCGUACUACAAGGAGUUGCGGAAGGAGGCGGAGGUCAUUAUAAGACCUCGAUCGGCUGCUGAUGGUGAGCUGGACAUCAGCAGGAAUCGGGUUAGCGUCUUUCUAAACAGACAGUUCGUUUCGAGAAAUCAUGAGCUGUUCCGCGAUUUUCUGGUGCACCUCAAUCCUAUUGAUCUGGAGGACUGGGCCAACUCCGGGUGGUUCGGAAGACUGACGAGUAUCUUCAUGGUUCCGAGCAGGUUGCUGUUGAAGCUGAUCAUUCCUGUUGUAGAUUACACCAUGGAACGACACGGUUGGUGUAAGCUGUUGAACAUGUUGCACUGCUUGCUGUUGCCACUGUUUGCACUGAUUGUCAACGAAGUUCUCUUCCAAACCCUGUUCAAGAUCCCCAUCUGGGUUCUCACACUAGCAACCUCCACCACAGCGAUGCUCGUGAUCUUCUGCACUUCGCGCACCGAUCGUCCCCCCGUCUACCACCUAGCUUACGCAGCCCUGGCCUUCGCCGGCUCGAUCCAGGUGAUCUACGUGGUGGCCCAGGAGGUGGUCAGCCUGCUCGUUACGAUCGGCCUCGUACUGAACCUGUCCAAGUCUAUGCUCGGCCUGUCGGUGCUGGCCUGGGGCAACAGCAUCGGUGACCUGUUCUCCAACAUUACGCUGGCCAAGCGCGGCUACGGACGGAUGGCAUUCGCCGCGAGCUUCGGAGGACCGUUCUUCAAUCUUUGCUUGGGCCUCGGAAUCACCAUGAUCUUGAAGGCCCUCCGUGACAAACAACACAUCGCCUUUUCCCGCGAAGGUGCGAUGGGCGAAAACUGCGAAGCCUUCCUGGUUCAACUGCUCGCCACGGUGCUCCUGGCGUUGCUGCUCACCUCCUUCCAGGGUCGUCGCAGCGUCGGCAUCAUCAUGGUCACGAUCUACGCCGUGUUCCUCGUCUUCUGCCUGCUCGGCGAGCUGCAGGUCGUGCACCCGUACGGCACCGAUCACCACAACGAGGGGGAGUUUGUCAAUUGAGCGCCUUUGGUUAGAC